GAAAAGCAGGCCUAUGAAUGGAAGAUUAGAUUUCGUGGCGGUGCAUUGAUGUGUGGCGCUCUUCCACGUGACCUUAUGACCGCGGUGGUUUCGUGCAUCUCCCGUCGGCUUCGGGAAUCUGGGAAACGUCAGAGCAGAUUGGUUUCCGACGUCAAGAGAGCAUUGAUUGCCCACCAUGGCCAUUACGCCGACCCAGUUUGCUAAGAAGACGGCGCAGUCGGCCAAUUGGUCUGAUGCCAAGCGACGAGUGCUAUCCUCCUACCGAGAAUGGAUUCGAGCUGCCCCCGAAGUUCAAACCAUGUACAACAUGCCCAUGCCCGUCUCCGCCAUCCGAACCCGUAUGCGGCAAGAAUUCGAACGACAACGAUUUGUGAAUAAGCUCUCUGUCGUGGACGUUCUUCUCUUCAAGUCCCACGCCGAGUACCAGGAGACAAUGAACUUCUGGAAGCAGACCAAUCAUAUCAUGGCCUACUUCAAGGAGGAGAACUUCCGAGGUGACAAGCGACUACCAUCCAGCUUUAUGACUGGCUUCCUCGAGGGUCGCAACUAGCAACAAGGGCUUGUGUAUAUAUCUCAUUGAAAGGGAUUCCUCAAAACGCCUCUAUUUCCAUCAUGAUCCAUGUGAAUGCAAACACUUUUAAGUCCUGAGCACAUAAUUUCGGGCUCAUCGGUCAAUUCCCUGCUCUGCGUUGUAGGCCUCCCUCUUGGUCCAGAACUCAUCGGCAACUACAUCACAUACUUCUUGAAUAUCGACCAACCCCUUCUUGAGAGCGUCAACUGCAGUUCCACCUGAAUACUUGUUAAUAAGUACAGACCUCGUGAGGCAUUGCGUAUACGUACUGUAGGUCUGAAUGCGGAUGUUCAUCUUGGGCUCUGAGGGAUGGGGGAUAGAGUAAGCACAGAACUCAACAUCGGGGCUGCCAUAUGUUAGUUGGGCUUCAUUCGACAUGCUAGAUAAUACAGACUUUUUCAUGAUGAUAUAUCUCAGCGCGUUUCCGAGCGUAUGGCCUUCAUCAGUGAACUCAAAGGA